AUGGCACCCCGACUGCCCCCGAGCUGUCUCCAGCUCCUCCGAACCGGACCGACGACGUCGACGAUACCCAAUGGCGCCCUCGCCGGCCCCCGCGUCCACCUCCUCCCUUUCACCGCGAAGCGAGGCGUAAAGUACGGCUGGUCGACCGCCCCCUCUCGCAGCAAGCCCGCCCGCUUCAACCAGCCCACCGCCGGCCUGCCCGCCCUCACGACCGGUCCCGCCGCCGCCCUCGCCCGCCGCGAGAAGACCACCCCGCUCCGCACCGGCGUCCUCGCCCUCAAGAAGGGCAUGACCGCCAUCUACUACGGCAAGAAGCGCGUCCCCUGCACCGUCCUCCAGCUCGACCAGGUGCAGGUCCUCGCCAACAAGACGCGCAAGGCCAACGGGUACUGGGCCGUCCAGGUCGGCAUGGGCUCCAAGGAGGCCCGCAACGUCGAGAGGCCGCAGCUGGGAUACUUCGAGGCCAAGGGCAUCGCGCCCAAGCGCCACGUCGCCGAGUUCAAGGUCCGGUCCGAGGACGGCCUGCUGCCCGUCGGCGUCCAGCUGUCCCCGGACUGGUUCCAGACGGGCCAGUACGUCGACGUGCGCUCCAACAGCCGCGGCAUGGGUUUCGCCGGUGGCAUGAAGCGCCACGGCUUCGCCGGACAGGAGGCCUCGCACGGUAACUCCAAGAACCACCGCACCAUCGGUACCACCGGUCCCUCGCAGGGCUCCGGUUCCAGAGUCAUGCCGGGAAAGAAGAUGCCCGGACGGAUGGGCAACGAGCGCACCACGGUGCAGAACCUGACGGUGCUCCAGGUGGACAACGAGCUGGGCGUGGUGCUGGUCAAGGGCGCCGUCGGCGGACCCAAGGGCUGCGUCGUGCGGCUGCAGGACGCCGUGAAGAGGAAAGCGCCGGCGCUGCCGUACCGCGAGGAGAAGUUGAAGGAGCUGUUGGCGAACAACGCGGAUGCCGAGGCGAGACUGCAGCAGGCGAGGGAGAGGCACCUGGAGCUGAAGAAGCAGAGGAGAGAAGCGGCGGGAUAUGUAUAG